GUUCUGGGUACUGCGUUUCCUCCGAGGCAUUAGCGAAGGACUCUUGCGAUGAGGAUUUGAACCAUCUGCAUCUCUGGAGUUCCCGUGACACCAAGUGGAAUCUAGAGCCUGCUAUCAUGACUUCCGGAUGCAGCCAAUACUACCUGCUUGGUAUCGACUUGGACCUGCACGAUUCGCCCACCAAGCUGCUCUGGCGGCCGGGCAAACGCGCCAUGAGCCUGCACUUGAAUUUAUGGGAAUCCAGACCUUUAAAAGUCUUCAGGAAAGCAGAUUCACAGCUUCAGUAUGACAUGACAAUUCGGCGUGCAUCUGGUGAUGCCCCCUGUGUUGUAACGAGUGCCACCCUCGAUGUGGCCCACAUUUGCCAGAUUAAUCAAAGAGAAAUAUAUGGAAUUACCAUUACAAGCUUAGACGACGACGGCAAACUGACUCCAAGCUACUUUUCCUUUGACUGUGAGGAUGACGCAGAUCAAGAUUCUGACUCCGAUAUGGACUUAGAAGUGUCAUUGGUCCUACUGAAUGUUAUCAUCUUAACUUUCCUACUUGGGACCGUCUUCAUUUAGGAAGCCAAGUCAUCAAGUUCCAUUGGAAAAUCAAGUCAUCAAGUUCCUUUGGGAAAUCAAGCCAUCAAGUUCCUUUGGAAAAUCAAGCCAUCAAGUUCCUUUGGAAAAUCAAGUCAUCAAGUUCCAUUGGAAA